UCAUAUGCCUUUCACACAUACAGCUGCCACUGAUUUUAAUGUGUAUCCAUGAAAUACGUCUUACACUUUCCCUGCGUGAAACACAAGCUCCUGCGGUGCUGCUGAUAGAUGUUGAUCUGGAGGAUAAACCCUGUUUACGUACAGGAUUAGAGAGCGAGGGUGUCGUGAAGGAUUGUGUAACAGAGGCUCUUUGUACUCAUGGAUUGCCUUGACGGAUCUCCUGGGCAGUUCAGGAACUUCAAGAAGGACGACUUUGAGGCUGACUGGAUUAAGGUGGCAGAAUGUAGAUAUAGUCAAGUGUACCAGGUCAAGCUCAAGCUCUGGUGGGAAAAAUGUGCCCUGAAAAGUUCUGAUGGAGCUUUGUGUGCCAACAACUUUUACAGGGGAAUUACAAAAGAGGCACACAACAUAGCCAAGUUGAAAUUCAAGUACAUCACGUCCAUCUACGGACUGUGCAGUGAAGCAACCGCUGUUGUGAUGGAGUACAUGAGUAAUGGAUCUUUGAACAAUCUCCUAGCCAGCCACACUUUGAUGUGGCCAAAGAAAUUUCAGAUGAUUCAUGAGGCCUCAAUGGGUAUGAAUUUCCUUCACAGCAUGAAACCUCCACUACUCCAUCUUAACCUCAAGACUUCCAAUAUCCUACUAGACGAUCACCUUCAUGUCAAGAUUUCGGAUUUUGGUUUAAUCCACUGGGAAGAAGGCAUGAGCAAGACGUUGUUCAUGGAGCGUCUGACAGCAAGAGGGAACAUAAGUUACAUUCCUCCAGAGACUUUUACUCAGUGCCCAGAUCCUCCAGGAACUACCUUUGAUGUUUACAGUUUUGGAAUUGUGAUGUGGGAGAUUCUGACUCAGCAGAAACCGUAUGCAGGAUGCAACAUGACCACAGUGCUCUUACAGGUGUCACAAGGUAAGAGACCCUGUGUGGAGAUAAUACCCGAUGAGAAGCCGCCUGAGUGUGAUCAGAUGGUCAGCAUCAUGAAACAGUGCUGGGAUCAGGACCACAGGAAGAGGCCACAGUUCUCAGACACUGUGAGGAGAACAGAGGCUCUGAGUGAAGUCCUGAAGAUCGCAGGACCAAUUCAGAAUAAGAAAAAUGGUGACAUGGGACAGAAAUCAAGUUAUCCUUGGCUAGUUUCCCCGAUACAUAAAAUCUCCUUGCCUGAGAUGCCGAUCUUCCCUUCAGAUAACCAAAAUGGCCAGCCUGGCAUUCUCUCUUUGCUAUCCCAAAAGGACUUUGGUAGUUUCAGGCAGUCUGUGAAAAAAGAACAUGUAUACACACAGUUUUCAGGCAAAAAGAGUCUCCUUCACUACACAGUAGCCAGCGGUGAUUCCGAGAGUGUUGAGCAUGUCCUCAGUCUGGGUGCUGAAGUCAACUGUAUGACUGCCAGAGGUUACACUCCUCUUAUUAUUGCUGUUCUGCACAGGUUCCACGACAUCAGCUCUUUGUUGCUGGAACAUGGUGCAGCUGCCACUCAGGGAGAUGACGACAGGUGGACGCCGCUCCAUUUUGCUGCUCAGAACGGUGAUGACAGGACUGUCCGUCUCCUUCUUGACAAAGGAGCUGUUGCAGAAGCCCGAGAAACAACAGGUUGGACGCCCCUCCACCUGGCCUGCCAGAACGGCCAUGAAACAGUGGUGCGCCUGCUGCUUUCACGGCUGUCUCAGGAUGCUGUAGUAGAACAAGAGGAGGCGCAAGGCAGGACGCCGCUCCACCUUGCCUCUGCCUAUGGGCAUCUAAACAUUGCCAGGCUCCUUCUUGGUCAGGGAGCAGAUCCCAGUGCUUCGGACUUCUCUCUGUCCACUGCCCUUCACUUAUCAGCCGAGCAAGGCCAUAACCGAGUAGUCAGAGAGCUGGUGAAGAAUGGAGCAAGUACCAACAGUGCAGACAGUAGAGGAUACACUCCGCUUCACUUGGCUUCUCUGAAGGGCCACACAGGCAUCUGCAGGCAGCUGUUGUCAAACGGUGCCAGUCCGGACUCCAGGACCCUCCAAGGCUGGACCCCCAUGCACCUGGCUGCCCUGAGGGGACACGAAGCUGUGGUGGUCCAGCUGGAGAGUAAGGGUGGUUCUGUGAAUGUAAGAGGUGAGAAUGGAUGGACUCCACUUCAUCUCGCAUGUCACCAGAGCGAGCCGGAAGUGGUGGCAAAGCUCCUGGCAGCCAAAGCCGACCCAAACACAGCAGAGGACAGUGAGGGAUGGACUCCACUACAUGUUGCCUGCACUAGUAUCAGCUUCCCAAGUGUCCUCCACUUGAUAACACAUCAUGCAGAUGUCAAUGCCCUAAACUCAGGGAAGGCGACACCUUUGCAUCUGGCUGCGCAGCAUAGCUGUGUGCCCAUUGUAAAAGCUCUAUUGCUUAAUGGAGCAGACAGGACACUGCUGGACUCUUCUGGAUCCACAGCUGUAAAUGUGGCCCAGCGGUGUGAAAAAUGGGAAAUAGUGCAACUACUGGAAAAGGGAUGUUAACUGUGAACCAGGGAUUACAGUAAAAUGAAAACAUCUGUGACAGAGCUGGAAUAUUAUCCUCCUUUUGAGUGGGACUUUCAUUAAGAAGCUUAAAGCAAGAUACUGAAGAUUUUGAAACAUCCUAUAUUUUUUAAGACAAGAUUUUUACUCUUCCAAAUCCAGAAAGACUUUUUGCUCCAUUAUAUUUAAGAAAAUCUAGUUUAUAAAAUAAUCAAAUAAAAACCACUGAAUGAGAAGGUGUAUCCAAACUGUUGACUGGUAGGGUAUUUCACAAAUGUCCCUGUAGUUUUUGUCUUUUGCCGAUAAUUACUUUGCUACAAGUAAAGAGGUGCCACAUGAGGUCUUGCCAUUUAUGCCAAAUCAGAUCUUUCAGUUAUAUAUCGUUAAACAUGAGAUUGAGCCAACACAUGGGGUCAGAAUCAGGUGAAGUAGACUAUAAUGACAAAACAUAUUGAUUCUCCUCUUUGAAUCACCCUGAUUGCCUGCUUCUUUUUUGUGUGCUUUCGAGGUGGAAGGUCGAAGAGCUGCAGCUAUUAUGAUUUACAGUGGCAUUUAUUUGAUUAAACCUAUCAAACUUUAUGAAGGUAUUCCUCUAAUCUUCUGGUUGAAACACAGUCUGCAGAACUGCCUGUGGUGCUUUUAACGGCGUCUAGUGAAAUCCCCUCUGACUUUAAAUGCGUAUACGUUAUAUGAAAAGCCAGAAUAACUGAUUAUCAGUCAUUCUCUACAGACUGAAGGAAGCACUGGCCAGCUUGUGCUGCACUCAUUUACCACACUGACACCUUAUUAAAUUGAAAUGAAAUGCAUGAAUUCACAAGCUGUAUUGACCUACUCAUUCACAGGGUUUUCCCCAAACCACAAGAGAGCGACUCUGAUAGAGGAGGAAGGAGUUGAACUGAAUCAAAUUACUGUAAAUGAACAGUGCGGAGUUAAAUUGGACUCAGACUUGCUAAGGGAAUGUCUGCUUUGUCAUUUAUUCUUAAUCCAUUUUUUUUUUACCUACCCUGAGUAUAAAAGUUGCCGUCUGAUUGUGUGUUUGAGUUGUCUGUCAGCCAUUUUUAUAUGUUUGUAUCAUGAUAAUAAUAAACUUUCAGACCUUUCUAACCUUGUAACACUAAAAUACUGGCUAAUUGAAUGAAAACACAUACUUACAUCCACUUUUACUACACUACUAUAGAUGUAGGUACUUCACAAUAAAAGCCAUACACUGAGAGGGAUUUUCUAUGAAGUCAUAAAAAGUAUUUUUUCACAUUAAGAGCCUGGCAACUUUGCUUGUUCUGUUUAGUUUUAAUUCAUGGGAUGCAUUUUCCCCUAAGAUACUAGUUUUUAAUUUAUUUUAAAAUACAUUUUUGACAGCUCUCUGUAGGGCUACCUUAGAUUUAAAUAAGCAAAAUCAUGAUUUAAGUAUAUAUCAGGGGCCUGACAAAGCCAAAUAUCUGCUCACCCUGCUCUCUCUAUAAUUUAUCCACUGGAGUUUGAAAAGCAGCCAUCACAUUAUGAAAAUAAGCUCUCCAUAGAGGUCUGUGUAUUUCAGGUUGGGUAGGAUGAUUUACAGCUGAAAGUGUCCCUUUUAUACUGCAGCAACUCUCACAUGAAAUUUAUGAAGCCUUCAGUGUCUUAAAAAUUGUAAGCAGACCACAUCUGUGUGUUUGUUGUAUACAGUAAACAAUCUAAUGACAAUUUGACAGAUGGGACUGAAACAGAUCGGCGGAUUCCGGCCCUGUGGAAUUGUGUGUAACCUGUCAAACAACAUUUUUGUCAUCCUGAUGUUCAAAUGAGCCUUUGUUUCUACCCAUACCAUUGUUUUACUGGCAGUUCCUGAAAAAUGAAACUCACUCUUUCAAAAGAAACUAAUGAAGCCUCCCUAAAUCAAUGCUUCUGCCACCAACCUUUUUACACAUACGGUGACACAUCGGAUACCUUCUAUCUCAGCCAGUAAUUGGGUUUGCAGGCACCUAAACUAAUUUCUUUUUCAAAUAGGGAGAAAAGCAGCAAGCAGAUAAUGCCACGUAAGUCGCUGGUACCACAAACACCAAGAGCAGAGGAAAGGAAAGAGGAGAAUUGUAUUGUAAUGCUCUUUAAUUUGAGUAGUCACUGUGAUCUUAUUUCCUUAAUUUAAAUUUCCUUUUCAUAAGCAACUGUAGUUAUCUAAUAUAUUCCUACAGAGCAGAACAACAGCUUAAUUAAACUCCCUCUGAUGAUACACCCCUUUUAUGUCUUGUGCAGUGCAAUUACACCAACCUGUGGAUUUCUUUUAAACUAAGUUAAGUGCUUUCUACUAAUUGGAGCGGUCCACAUGAUUAAACACUACAGCUCAUCAUGGUAUAUUUGCACCUACACAUAUGACAGAUGUGCUGCUGCAUUCAAAGGCUCUAACAGCUUUAACAUUCAUCUGCAAUAGUAGAUGCGUGAUAGCAUUUUCACCAACUUACACAAUAUCAUUUGGAUAUGAGCCAUUAAUGUCACUGUCUUAUGCAAGCUAAACCCCAAUACACUGUUGAGUAUUUUUCCUUAAAUUUGAGAGCAGAUGAUGUAAAGAAGGUCUGUCUGACCUUCAUGUCUCUCAUCUUAAUAGGAUGUAAUCUGCCUCCUUGUCAGUGUAUUUUGCUUCUCAGAAAAGAGCCAUUAUGCGCUCUGCAGAGCCCCUCUUAGCUGGCAGGGUUAAACUCACCAUUGAGCUGUGCCCCGCCGUGUUAAGCAGCUGCAAUCAUAACUGAUGCAGCUGCGUCUUUUGACCCAGGUGUGCAGCCUCAGCGGGGCCAAGUGGGCAUCCAGGCAGGCAUCUCUGGUCCUUGCCACAAUAAUUGACUGAGUGAUCUGUCACAUUUGGUGGGAAAGGGAUUUUUUUUCCCCAGAGUGAUGAUAUGGAAAACAUUUUUCGCCUGUCAUCCCAUAACAACCUGUCACUCUGCAGUGUGACAGAGGAAAAAUACCCCAGGUUGGUCUUUCUAAAUUCCCAAGGUUUUUGCUUGCUGUCGUGCGACUAACUGCUCUUUUACAUCCCAGCGAAUCUUCACUCAGGUUAAAGAGUGAAACGCUUUGGUUAGCCCUGUAAAUUGCCUUGUAAAUUACUUUCUCAUCACAUAAAUACUUUGAAUGAGUAACCGUCACAAAGAAACAGCAGGCAUUAAGUUUAGGAACAUUAGGCCUAAUUAUUUCCUUGAGCAUUUUAAAAUGAUUAUGUAUCCUCACAGCACAGAAUAUAUUCUCAAAGCUAUUGAACUAUUGCUAUUGAAUUGCCUUGUUUUCUCCAGUGUAAUCUUAUUAUCCUUUCAGCUCCCUCUCCUUGGUGUUGUCAUGCUCUUGUGAAAUGAUUAAUGGUGGAUCUCACUGCUAUCUGGCACAGAACAGAAGCUCCCCUAUACUCAUUUACUUUACACUAUUUGAAUGCUAUAUACAGUACAUUUUGUAUCAGUGCCUCCGCUGUGGAUGACUGUAUAUCUCCUUUCUGCCAAGGUUUGUGAGAGAAAUGAUGUACUUGUGUUCUUACUUCGUGCGUCACACCCCUCUGUUUCUCCUAUAUUGCAUUUUUCACCCAGAAAAUGAUCUAUUUUGGGUCUGAAGUGAUCCAUAAUGAAUCCAAAGGAAUGGAUCGAGCUUGUGUUUCCUUUUUUCCUUCCUCAAAAUUAUUCGUUGUUAAAGAGUGUUAAAUCUCUCAAUUAAUUAAAGUUUAAACCUAAUUUUAAAACUAUUUCAAUACAAUAUACUUAACAACCACAAUGUUGAGCAGUUUUGAUUGUUUGAGUGCUGGUGAAAAAUGUCAUUUGCUUAAAAUUAGAGAAGAACCUGAAGUUGUUUGGCUUUGUAAGGCUACAUCUAAUAGUGUGUUUCUGUGCUUGUCAGGCUGAGCAAAAGAUUUUAAUGGAUGCUUUCAGUGCUGCACCACCCCUCUGCAUUUGCAUGAGUUGUUUAUAUCACUUUUCAAAGGCUAGAUUUAAUUGGCAUAUUUAAUGGUGAGGUUACAAAAAGGCUUACAUGAAAAUUAAAAGAAAACAACAGUUUACAACAAAAUAUGUACUCUCUUUAAGGC